AUGGGAACCUUGCGACGCAACGUCACACCUGUGAUACACCCGAUUACCCGCGAUAUCGAGUUGACCCUCUUACUUGAGACCUGUCCCGGACGCCGUCUGAGUACCCCUGCGCUCUCUCGCUUCCCAGAGCUCGGGAGAGCUGAAGCUCUCUCCGAGAGACCAUCAUUGUCCAGGAAGUUCGGCAAACAGAUCCAGCGCAGGCAGCUAGAUCUCCCUGAAUAUGCCGCGAGCUUCGUGAACUACAAGGCCUUGAAGAAGCUUAUCAAGCAAUUGAGUGCCACCCCCAACAUCCCCGCACAAAGAACCGCCGAGGAAAUCGCACGAGACAAUGCGGAUCCUCAGGCUGCCUUGCGCGCAAACAAGGAGGUCUUCUUCUUCAGAUUGGAACGAGAGAUUGAGAAAGUCAAUGCUUUCUACUUGCAAAAGGAACAAGAGUUCACUCUGCGUUUGAAGACACUGGUAGAUAAGAAGCGGGUGAUACAGUCCCGCACCGGCUCGAAUUCGAAAGCGCCCUCGAAUUUCGUUGCGCUAUUUGAAGGAUUCCAGCAAUUCGACGGCGACCUGAACAAACUCCAACAAUUCGUCGAGAUCAACGAGACGGCUGUCUCGAAAAUUCUCAAGAAAUGGGAUAAAACCUCCAAAUCUCGCAUGAAAGAGCUAUAUCUCCACCGUGCUGUGGAAGUUCAACCGUGUUUCAACAGAGAGGUUCUCCGCGACCUUGCAGACCGAGCGACCACUGCGCGACUCGAGCUGGAGGCUUGGGCCGAGGGAGAGAACAUACAAUACGAUGCCUCCCGUCCGGCAGACCGUAACACCUUUGCCGGCAGCGAAGAGGAUGAGCUAGACACUCAGAUGCUGCAGUCUGCAUCCACAGGCAAUCUACAGACGCUACGAGAAUGGCUGGUGCGGUUACAGACAUUACCUGAUGCCCGCGAGCGUGCAACGCGCACUUUCCUGACUGCCAUCAACGGCUUUUCGGACGAUGUGCUUGCGCUUCUGUUGGAGAGCGGACUGGUGGACAUCCACGCCGAAGACGAUAUCAACGAGCGCAACUGUCUGCACGAAGCUGCCAUCUCCGGUCGGGACUUCGUCUUCAAAGCUGGUCUCAAGGCGUCUGUGGACUUCUCCCGCUCAGAUGUCUAUGGUCGCAUUCCUCUCCACUAUGCCUGCAGGAACGGCCGCGCUGAUAUGGUGCGGGACUUGCUCCAGGCAGGCCCCGAAACGGUCGAUUUCCUGGACCAUGACAAUUUCACACCUUUGAUCCACAGUAUUGUUAAGAGCCAGCUGGCAUGCGCCCAACAUGUGCUCCAGAGCAAUGCCCGUGUUGAUCCGGUGUCGAUGCAGGAGCCAGAUCAUAUUCCUUUAAAUUUGGCUUGUCAACAUGGCUCCCUUCCCAUUGUGAAGAUGCUGCUUGAGCGCAACGCCAAGUUGCUGCCUGAUGCCGAGGGGCUUUACCCCCAACAUAUGGUUGCGCGUGCCUCACAAUCGCCCGAUAUACUGUUACUGCUGAAGCACCACGGCGCAGAUCUUGACCAGAAGGAUAAGCUCUACCAAUGGACUCCAUUGUUCCAUGCCGCCAGCGAGGGCUGUGUUCCCUGCUUACGCACACUUCUUGAGUGUGGCGUGGACUCACAAGUCGCAGAUGAAAAGGGUCUGUCGGCCAUGUAUUAUGCUGCCUGGGAGGGGCAUCUGGAAUGUAUGCUUCUGCUUUGGGCCCAGCCAGCCCGGGGUAAAGCCUCAAUGGGACCGCUUGAUAUCCUGAACGGUGUUCGGAUGUCAGAACCUGGUCUCAUGGGUGAGCCGAUGUCUACAGACCCCAGUGCCUCCGAGAUGGAGAUGAUCGAUGGUAUCCCAGACCUCGAGCUGCCACCUCCCAUCAUUCCGCUCCGUCGCUACGGCCACAACUUCCUCGACAAGAAGGUCUUUAUCCAGCUUUUGUUCGACCAAAACAAUGUCAGCUCUAUUGCCUUCGACCAGGCUGGUCGCCACCCGGCAGCUCGUAUGACCAUAUCUUCCAAGCUCUCCGAUGUGAUUCCACGCACUAUCAUGCUCCCCAUGCAGGAAGAUGCACGCUCGAUCUCUUUCCACAUAGAUCAACUGGACACCUUUGCUGUGGAUUUCGAGAUCUUCCCUACAUUUGGCUCAAAGGUCAUCGCGAAGAGCGUUGCCCUCCCAGAUAUCUUCCGCGCCGAGACCUCCAGCACCGGCUCAGCCUGUCUCCCUCUCUUCGAUCCUCGACUCCGUGGUAUCGGCCAGCUGCGCUUCAAUUUCCAGGUUAUCAAGCCGUACCACGGCGAUCCCCUGGAAAUCACCCACUUUGCCACAUAUUGGAAGGCAACCAGUGCGCAAGAUUCAGAGCACAACGGCUUCGUCACCGGAUCCAGUCUGUCAGGCGACUAUGUUCAGCUCUUUGUGCAGUUGACUCGGGAUCGUGUUGCCGUUCUGUACCCGCAGUUCUUGAUUAAUCACCAUGGAAUCGAAAUCCCGGUGUGCCAAUUGACCUAUGCGGAGUUCCAGUCCAUGGCGGCGGAGCGCGGUAUCAGCCAAUCUCAGAUCCUCGAGUUCUUGUCCACAGAUGCAGCCAACGAUAUGCCCAAGACUCACCGUCUCAUCGCAGCUUCGUUCCUGUCAUUACGAGACGUCCUCCGCCAACUCCCGAUUGACUUAAAUGUCAACAUCUCUCUUCUCUACCCAACCCCUUCAGACGAAAAGAAACUCGUCAUGACUUCUUUGGCAGAUGUCAAUACUUUCGCGGAUGCUAUUCUGACUGAUGUCUUUGACCACGCUCGCGCGGCCAGAGAUCAGAACCCCGACUUCAUGCGCUCUGUUGCAUUCACUUCAUACAACCCCAACAUUUGUAGUGCACUCAACUGGAAACAACCCAACUAUCCCGUUCUUCUCUGCAAUGACCUUGGCCAGAUCCGUGACCUUGCUGGCAAUGUCGACUCCAUGUCUCAUGUCGACAGCAGUGGUCGCGCAUCGAUGUCUAUCAAGGAGUCUGCACGUAUCGCCCAAAGCAAUAACUUCAUGGGAUUGAUCUGCAGAUCUAGUCUAUUGAAUGUCGUCCCGGCUCUUGUGGAAACCAUCAAAGAGCUCGGUCUCGUCCUGGUGGCCGACACAUCCGAUGAGACUGGCCAGUCCGACCGAGUCGAAGAACUGCCUACCGACCCAAUGGGCGUUGCAGAAUGGGCUUACCGCAUGCCGGAUGGUGUCAACGGCGUCAUGAAAGCCAACGGCAUCCUUCGGUUUAACGACAUGAUUGACAUGUAA